AUGAACGGAACAGGUUAUGGGCCCAGAACAAGGAACGGGAGACUUCCUCUCGAUGGAGAUGAGCGCAAAUAUGAAAAAUGGGAAAUAAAAUUUCUCGGAUACAUGCAAUUACAAAAGUUGAAGGAUACCAUUACUGCAGCUAAAGAGACAGAAAUUGAUGCUGCCAAGAAUGAAGAAGUUUUCAUGGAGUUGAUACAAUUUUUAGAUGAUAAAAGCCUUGCCCUCAUAAUGAGAGAUGCACAAGAUGACGGGAGUAAAGCAUUAAAGAUCCUUAAGAGCCCACUACGCUGGUACAGACAAGCUCAGAGUGAUUUUAUUGUACACGGAACUGACUUCGUUAGUGAAGUUGGCACACGAGACAGUGACUAUGUCAUACGAGCUAAAACUUUAGCCACAGCUUUUAGAAAUGCCAGUGAAACCUUGACAAAUAGCCUCCUAAUAUCGAUGGUACUGAAAGCUCACUACUCAGAGAGAGAAACAACAGACAUUCAGGGUAUUCAGGGUAAAGUCGCCUUGCAAAGCUUCAAAGACAUUGAGCGACCAAACAUAGCAACCGGAAAUCACUCAGUCAUGAAGACUGAACACUAG